AUGGCAAAGUCAAUACCCAACGACAUCUUCCAAUUCUCGCUCCACUCCGCCUACAACGCCGGCCUCAAAGACGGCGGCCCGCCCGUAGCCUUCCUCACGAACCAUGGCAACCACGGCAUCGGCGUCUUCGAAGACGAAGAGAGCGAGAUGAUCCAAGUAGACGGUGUAGCGUACAGCAUCGACAAGGAUGGCGACGUGGAGCCCGCGGACAAGGAAGACCAGCUACCUUUCGUCAUGGUCACCAUCUUCCAGCCCAACAAGCGUGUCAAACCGCCGCCCAGCACGACGAGCAAGAAGCUGAAAGAGGUGUUUGAGGCGGGCAAGAAUACCACCAUGCCGUUCCGGCUGCGAGGGGCAUUCAAGUACAUCAACACCCAGCAGCAGACGUAUUGGGAUGUCAAGGGGACGAUUUUCGGGUACAGCAUACCGACGUGGCAGAAGGCGAUUAGUGGGGACGGGCUGCAGUGCAGUUUUCUGAGCGAUGACAAAGAGCAUGGCGGGAGGGUGAUUGAUUUCGAGACGGGCAAAGAGGCGGUGCUGGAGUGGGCGAAGUGUGGGAGGUUUCAUUUGGGAUUUCCUCAAGAUGAAGAGUUCGAAGAGCUGCGGCUAUGA